CUGAGUCAUCAAUUACAGGAAACAGAAACUAAAAGUCGAUCAGCUGUUAUAAGAGUCGAUGUGCCUGAGUGAAGUGAAAGUAAAGCAGCUCGCCGACAAACCCCGAGCAAUGCUGCUCCAGCUCAUAACCAUAUGCUGGCUCUUUAAAGCCUCCAGCUCACAGAUCAGCGGCUCUGGGGAUGAAACAGCAGAAUAUGGAGGGGAGGCGCAUUACAGCUGUGCCUCUGCCGACCCCACAGGCGUGCGUCAGGUCACCUGGCAGAGGCUCUUCUCAGACCAGUCCGUGGAGAACCUGGCGACCUUCAGCCCGCGCUUUGGCCGGCAGGUGAACGAGCCGUACGGGGGGAAAGUGUUCUUCACUGAGGCGGCGCUCAACUCCACGGCCAUCACCGUGAGGGACGUGACGUGGCAGGACGAGAGCUGCUACGUCUGCUCCUUCAACGUGUUCCCCGACGGCUCCAGAGGGCGGCAGACCUGCCUCACAGUGCAAGGAAUCUCAGAGGCCAACACGAGCGUGCAGGUCCUCAGUGGGGCUGAGGAGCACCAGAGUGAGGUGGUCCUCAGCUGCAGCGCCACAGGUAAACCUGCUCCCAGCAUUCAGUGGGAGCUACCCUCCGGAGUCGCCGCCUCCAGCCCGGAGCAAACGCAGACCGUCAGUAAUGCUGACCGCACCUUCACCAGCAGCAGCAGCGUCACGCUGAGGCUUGAUGCCCCCUGGGAGGGACAGGUGGACUGUGUGCUGAACAGAGGGAAGCCGGGCCAGAGGACGGAGAGAAUCCCUCUGGUUCUACAGCACGAGGAGCGGAAGGACGGGACGGCUCAUUCUCACGUGGCUGUGGUGUUGAGCGUCUGUGUCGUCACGGUCAUAGUCUGCGUUGUUGCUGUGGUUACACACAAGAGGUGGAAAUAUAAAGCGAGAGAUGAAGCUGUUGUAUGAUCAGUGUUUGGCUUCGCUUUAGGAAUGAUGAAACACAAAUAAGCUAAAGUCUUCUAAUGUCCUCUUUUGUCGAGAUAGCCUAACCCAUGUGACAUUUCAUUUGGAGCACUUUAUGAAGAAUGUAUUGAAUGUAUAAACUGUGACAUACAGUCUGCAACAACCUAAGCUUUACUGGUGUUUGCAAUGAUACUGUGGUGAAAAAGGCCCCAGAGCACUUUAAAUUGCUGACUGACAGUGGAGCUCCAUCUAGUGUACGAGGUGUGCACACACAGGAAUGGAGUGAAAAUGUAGUGGAGAAAUAGUGCAUUUCCUAAGGUUAUAGCUCAGAAUACAUUGCACUUUUUUUUUACAGUUUGCACAUUUGCCUUCACUUCAGAUCUAAUCCUGUUGAAAAUUCUAAAUUAAUAUAUUUGUCCUUUUUGCCUGAAUGUUUGAUCACAUUGUAUUUAUUAUGUUUAUCUGUUACAGCUCAGCAGAAUCAUGUAUAUAACUGUAUUGUGAGCGGGUUCUGUGUGCACCUUGCAUGCUCUACCCAUGUGCAUCCUGUGUUUUAGAGAUACUUGUGUGUUCACUUGUUGCUAAAUGAGCAUUAAAAAAAGAAACCAUUUGGAUUGGUGUUUUUGACUUUUGUGGCAAAAAAUCUAAAAUUUUGAUAUAUGCACCAUUCUGGCUAGAAAACACGUCGUGCCCAGUGGAUCUGAUGGAGCUCGUGGUCAGUUUCUUCGGUGAGACACUUCCAUCAUUCUUCAAUUUCAGCCCAUAUUCAGCGCUGGUUGGUUAAAUUUCCUGUCAGUUGUUUGUUCUGUAUCGUGAUUGGUGGAAUCACUCCUAAAGCCCGCCUCCCCAGACACCUGGAGAGAAAACCGGUGUUUCGGGUUAACUGGUUUCUAUGUUAACUGGUGACCGACAUGUCUUGAGAACCCGAUCGACACUUGUGGUUGUACCAGCCGAACGUCGGUUUUCUGCAGUUACAGAAUAUACUUUAAACUUUGGUGCCUUUUGUGAGUCUUACUUCAACAGGUGCUGCUACCUGCAUGCGUUUACAGAAAUCAGUCACCAGUUAACAGGGGAACCGGUUAAUCCGAAACAUCGAGAAAGGCGAGCAACUCCCUCUGAUUCUCUGACACUUGAAUAAUUUUUGCAUAUCGUUCUGUUUGAUUAAACAUUAGGCCUUUGUCAUUUCAGUAAUGCUGAUAUUGUACA